GGUCGCUGCUGACGGUGCUCUCGUAUUCUUCAGCAGUUUGAACAUUGACAGUGCAAUCAUUUGCAGCCAGAAUAAAUGGCAGGCGACGUUUCAAAUGAAUUAGUCCAGUUUGUUGAGGUGUUAGCCAGCCAAUUCAGACUGCUUGUCGCCGCAUAGAAGGAGCGAGAAACCAGAUUUCCCUUGCGAAGUUCCUGCUUGUCGUUUUUCUUCAGUGGCAAUCGGAAAGCGUACGCUGUUGUAGAUGGAACGUUCGUGCUGGCGACUAGAAUGGAGGAACGGAGGACAUUGAGCGGUUGUAUGCACACCAUCGAUGCAGAGAAGGCAUGCCGAAUUCUGGAGCAACUGGCAUCAUCAGUUGAGAAAACAGACAGUGAGGAGCACAUCGAGGAUCUCCAGACAUUACAGGAGAGCAUUGAGGUGCUACGGAACCCUCUGAUAACGCAAUUGCUGGACAUACGCCACUCUCAUCAGCAGAUGCUGGACUCAGCCCAUCGAUUCCUAGCCACCAGUACUGCUUCAGACAAUGAUGAAGAUGAUGAUGAUGAUGACAUCAUUGACGGUAAUAAUGAUCUGGAUGGGUGGGACGAUGCGGACGACUUUGCCGUGCGCUACGGUAUCGAGGCCAAUCGCAACCGUCUGCCCACACCCGAACCCAGCAGUCGUCCCACGUCGUCAUGUCAUUCGGCGACUUCAGAUCUCGACUCCCAGGACGAGCGUGUUCUGGCGAAGCUGCGCAGCAUCGAAGGUGAUGACCAUCGUCACACAACGACAGGUGCAGAGAGUCAGUUAGACAAGAGAAUAGCAAUGGGUACUACAGGCCAAACCAGACUCCUAGAACCGGCAAGUGCAAGUGCUGCAUUCACAACAACAGCUGGCUCGGGUCGGCAUCGUGAUCCUCUCGCUUGCCUCGAUUCCUCAAUUAGCAGUGUCGACUCGGCACCAAUAUUCAUGGACUCACGACGCGAGAGCCGGCACGACUUUCCCUUCCACGACAGCGCCACCUGUCGUGUCCUCUCGGCUACGUCUCUGCCGCCGAUACUGGCUCGGCAAACCAGCAGCGGAUCGUCGAUACGCGGUCUGGCGGCAAAGCUGGCUACAAGUGGAAUUGAUCGACAUGGAGAAGAAGACGACCUGCUGCCGGCUGAUCUGCGAAGUCCGUCACAGUCGUCGGUUGAGAGCCAUCACACCGCGGGAUUGUCGGACAGUCUGGUGUUUUUGAGAAAGAAAUCCAGUCUCAGCGAAAUAGAGGAGGCGGUGAGUAGCCGACGGAGGAGAGUGAUCAACUUCACCGUUCCUGCCGGGGAAGAACUCGGCUUGGAAGUAAUCGGCUCAAGCCAUCACGGACUGUUUGUCAGUGCGGUUACGCCGCACAGUCAUGCAGAUGCUGCCAAGCUGCGCAUAGGAGAUCAACUUCUCUCACUGAACGGAAAGACAUUAGGUGGCAAGAGUCCGACAGAGUUUGCUAUCCGUGUACAGGAACAACCCAACGUAUCUACUAUAGUGCAGCAGAACAGAGCAGGUAUGGAAGAAUUCUGUCGAUCAGUGAUUGGAGGACCGUAGUAUAAAUCUUCAACUACCAGCAUCUGAUAGGCUACCCUUGAAUCGAUACUGAGAGUCUAGCUUUCUGUUUAUCUUGACCUUAUAUGUUCAUCUAUGUUCAACGUCUUUUUGUUAUAAUAUUUCUACUCCAAGAUUGCUUAUGUUAUCAGAGUGGGAAAAUUCAAUUUAGAAUGCUUACACCAUUUCCACUAUGAAUUUAGUUGCUGAGAUAUACAGCCACAUUCUUAUUUUAUUGAUUUCUUGCCUUGAGUUUGGUCUUGUGCGUCUGGCGGACAAGUCGGAUGAAGAAAACAAUAUCCUCGACAAUGCCUGGUCAUCCAUUGGCACCCUACAUGCCUACCUAUCACUGUUCAUCUAUUUCACUUGAUAUGACAACAUGAGCUUCAGUUGGAUUAUCUUUACAACUUGAAUGCCGAUGUAGUUACAAGGCCAUGAUAUGGAAUUUGUAAUUUAUUUCAAUCGCACAAGCUUUAGCUGUGAUGCGGAGAUGAA